AUGAACCCUCCACCACACUCAGUAGCCUCUCUACAGAUGGCUCCUGUCUUAAAGCCUCCCUCUGACCCAGAGACAGUGAGUCUGACAGAGUCGCUUAUAUUGAAAUUCCAACACGAGCUCAACAAAAGCGACGCACACGGCCAUGACGACGCCGGCCAGUCUGCCAAGCGGCGCGUGCGGGACAUAGUGCGACGGUCGCCGCGAAAACGCGCCGAUCGGCCUUCUUCCAGAGCUCGAUUCCAGUCUCUUUUCAGCAAGAAAAACAAGAAGAGCCACCAGGAACUAUCUGAGGAAUUGGGCGAGGAUGAGCGCAGCACCCUGUUUUCGCAUCCGUCGGCGAAAAUUACGCUUUACGAGUUGUCGCGAAUAAACGAGUCUGCGACCGACCAAUUUCAGCCAGGACGAAGCGGGAACAUUCUUGGCCAUGGACAGUUUGAAAUUUACCAGAUUCAAAACAAGAGCAUCACCUAUUUGUCAUGCGGCUCGGUUGUUUAUCCGAUCAUGCCACGGCUCAAGGUGCUGAAAAUCAGUGCAAGCUCGUUCAUCAUCCCAUUGUACAACCCCGAGCGAUAUUGGAAGAUCACGUUAUUCACCGAGGAUGCAGCAACCAUAGCGCAACUGGACUCAGUUUUCAGGGGGAUUUGCCAUUUUUGUACCAUGUGUGAUCCACCGGAUGCAGAGGAAGCGGCUGAGCAGCCAAGCGAACAGCCUGUUGAGGAUAAUGUGCCGUCCGAGCCGCUGAGUCCGUCGCAUUCGAUGUCCUCAUUGAACUCAACAAUAGCGUGUUUCAAUUUGGGCAAAGACAUCGAAACAAGCGAGGCCGAUUUUUUGAAACACCCAACGCCGAUCAAGCUAAAAUCCGUGUCGUCGUCUUUGGACUCUGUUCUGGAUCGGUUCCAGCUGGACUCUGACGAGGAGGACAAAGACGACAAACUGGAGAAGGCAACGACAGACGAGAACGAGUCUACAGUCAAUUCCAGCACCAUUAUGUCUUUUGAAGGCGACGGCAGGGCUCGCACACUCAACAAAAGGUACUCGUUGACGUUCAAAGAGUGCGAUGUCAGCAUUUCAAGCUUGGACUUCGACAUGGGUUUUUUGAAAGAGGAGGACGAAACCGGCGAGAAAAACGGAGCUAGCAUCCUGAAGGGCUCGCGCUCGAUGCAGCUUCUGAAGCCCGCUUCUGCCAGACCCUGGAGCACGCGAGUGUUUGGGUGGUGA